AUGUCCUCCAACAAAGCCCUCCUCGUCCUCACCCUCACGGCCUCCGCCUCCGCCGCCAUCAACUACAUGGCCAUCCCCCAGGUCCGCGACCUCCUCCCCGCGCCCACCCCCGUCGCCCACAACCUCGCCCGCGACGCCGCCGACGACGCCCAGUGCGCCUCCUCGGCCCUCGACCUCCUCCAGUCCCUCCCCACGCCUCCCCCGGACCUGCUCUCCGACAUCUCCAAGAGCGCGCAGCAGCAGACCGACCCUUGCAAGUUCAGCUUCCCCGCCAGCCUCAGCGACGACGUCUCCUCCUACAGCUCAAAGGUGCUCUCCUGGUACAGCGGCCACCAGGCCGAGCUCACCUCCCUGGCCAAGGAGUGCUCCGCCGCGCAGACGUACACCGAUCUCGUCAACGUCUGCACGGAUGACAGCUCAUCUGGUUCUGGUUCCGCGUCUGGUUCUGGCUCUGCCGCUCCCAGAACCGCCUCCAAGACCGCUGGUGCGGGCGCCGCGACUUCGACGAAUGUUGGCGUCGCUCAUGAGACGGGCAUGGCUCUCGCGGCUCUUGCCGCUGCUGGAAUUGCUGCCAUUCUGUAA